AUGCCGCAGGUUCAGCAGCAGCAGCAGCAGCCACAACAACGACCACAACAACGACCACAACCACAACAGCAACAUCAACAGCAACAACACCACCGGCAGCAACACCAACACCACCACCACCAACAACAACAACAGCAGCAGCAGCAGCAGCAGCAAUACCACCAACCGCAAACACAUGCGCAUUCCUACAGUCCGCAUCAAGCCCGGCAGGUCCAUCAACACCAACAGAUCCCUCAGAACCACCAAACACCCCAACAAGCCCAGCAUGUGAUGGAUUGGCAGCAAAUGCCGCCCCCGACUCAGUCGCCGGUGCCGCAGUACCAGCCUGCCCCCCAGCCCACGAUACCUCAACAGAAGCAAACGCCCCAGCAGCAAAUCCAACAGCAGCACCGACAAAAGCCCCUGUCGAGUCAUGCCAACUCCCCACGCAUCAACUCCCCGCACACGAAUUCUCCGAUCUUGGCACAGUCACCUCAGCUACCUCAUCAGAACGUCCAGGCCAAGAGUAGGAGCACUAGCUUAGCCAGCGUCAAGAUAGAGCAUGCCGGCCGGGUCUCUGCAAGCCCCCGUCUCAUGACACAAGGUCUUACCAGGAGUCCUAGUGUGAGCUCCGUGAGAUCUCCUGCCCCGGCGCCGGGCUUGAUACCGCAUCAUCAAGACACCAAUUCGUUGUUGGUCUGCGUGGCCGAGGAGAUGUUCGCCAAGGCGCGGAAAGAAGUGCUGCGACUUGCGGACAAUCUCGACCCCCAAGGUGUGCAGGAAUAUCAGAAGAUGGUUGCAACGGGCCUGGGCUGCUUAGAGACAGUGCUGGGCAGCAAUAAGCUUGCGCCAAGGUUGGAAGCCAAAUUGCAACUUCGAUAUGCCAGUAUCCUGUGUGAGGAGACGAACAAUAUCAUGGAGGCCGAGACGGCGUUGACAAAGGGUAUCACGCUAUGCGAGAAGUACCGAUUUGCUGAUCUGGGGUAUCUGAUGCAAUUCCUGCAGCUGAGAAUGCUGUCACAGAGGAAAGGAAAGGCGGCCAUGAUCGCUGUCGACCAGAAGAUUAACGAUGCAGAGCUGUUGAAACACACGCACUGGGUCUAUGCUCUUCGCUUCUUCAAGGCAUCGUUAUACCUGCAAUCUCCAAAUCCUUCGGACAUACACGCUCUUGAGAAUCUCAGAUGCAUCACCACGUUGUCCAUACUGAGGGGCGACAUCAUCAUCUUUGUGGUCGCAUCCUUGUUGGAAGGUCUCAGUCUUUUGAAAAAUAUGAAAGACGAUGCUGUGGUAAAAAUACAAAACUGCCUUGCGCAGUCGCAAAAAUACCAGUUGGAUCCCUCGACACAUGUCCCACAGGUGGACAUACUAGCACUCAUGUUGGACUUUGCCUGCAGCUUACAUCAAAAGUCUCCCCAGAUGAUUAUGCAGAAGUUGAAGCUUCUCCAGUCGCGGAUGGAUAAUACCCUUCAAGACCAUAGCUGGAGCCUUAAUGAAACUGAAGUCUUGCUUCCCAUCAAGAAGCAGACAGGCAACAAUCAGGUCUUUAGUGAAGAUACCCGCGCCAUCAUCCGAUUGGGUGGCGAAAACGAGAGCUGCGAUUAUCUUGUUAUGUCGUUUUGGACCAAGAUAGAGGCUUUCAUUAUGACAUAUACUUACAGUGGCCUUGGUCUCCUCUACUCGAGUCCUCGGAACGAUAAGAGGAUAUUUGAGAUCUGGGACGAGGCCCUGGGCUCGCUAACAAGGAACGCGCAUAAGAUGCGUACGAACCCAGCGUCCCUUCAAGAAGCCAUGAAAAGCGCAGAUUGGCGAAGAGAGCUGAAAUGCUAUCUGCAAAUAGUGAGGGGCCUGCACCUAGCGACAAUUAGCCGGUGGCAAGAUGUCUGGAAAUGUGUCGAAGAACUAGAGAGCCUCGUCCAACCGCCCAUAGAAGGCGUCGUCGGUCUGUACUCGUGCUAUCUCUCUGGCGUCUAUCACCAAGGCACAGGUGAUCUCACUGCUGCCAAGUCCAUCUACGAAGGGCCCCUCCUGAGCCUCGAGAGCAACCUCGACGCCAAUGGGAACAUCAUCGGCUUGGCCUCCACAAGACAGGGCCACGCCGAGUUCGAAGUCCGCGUGCUCUCGGCCUUCAACCGUCUCUGGAUCAUGCAGCACCCGGACCACCGCGACGACCGCCUGACAGCCGAGCUCAUCGACCUCCUCCGCCCCCUCUGCACCGAGCACCCGAACCUCGAGAUCCGCAUCGCCUUCAACCUGAUCCUAGCCGCCACCCAGACCAGCCCGCCCCUGGGCAUCGGCGCCGCCAAAACUCAUCUCUCCAUCGCCCUCAACGGCGCCAGGACUCUAGGUGAUGUGCACACGCUCUCCAUCGCCCUCAACCUGAUGCGCGCCAAGCUGUUCCAGAACAUCGUGGGCGACCAGGCCCUGAAGAGUGCCAAGGCUGGCGCGGCGCAGGCCCGCAAGGCGGGCAACAGGCUCUGGAUGAGCGUCGCGGAGGGGUUGCUGGCGCAGAGCUAUGAGGUCCAGGGCCAGAUGGCCGAGGCGAGGCACUCGUGGGACCAGGGCGCCGCGUUCGCCGGCGAUGCCCUGGGAGGUGGUGUGCCAGCCCCCACGUGA